GACAAAAAAGGUCAGUUCAUAUUUUCUGCGUCUCCUGUAUAUCAUUUUUCCACACUGGGCAGGGUCUGUCACAUCAGAGACGGCGCUUAUCAUACAGCUGGAAGGGAUCUAUUGUAGCAGCAGGUACACAAAUGCUUGGCCUUCCAUCAGAAAGUCCUGAAGUUUCGUUUCCUAGAUUCCUCUCUGCUCUUAGAAGAAAGGAUAUCCAGUAAAAUAAAAAGAAAAAUGACAGGAGAGAACAGGUUCUGCAAAAAUUGUAAACGAGAUGUGUCUGCUGCCAAUUUCUCCCUCCAUGAGGCCCACUGCAUGCGGUUUCUUACCCUCUGUCCAGAAUGUGAUGAACCAGUUCCUCAAAAGGAUAUGAAAGACCAUCGGACAGAAGCACACAAACAGAUCAGAUGCAGACUUUGUCACCAAAGUAUGCAGCAAUACCAGCUGGAGCAUCAUGAGAACAAGGAGUGCCAAAAACGAGCCAUGAAAUGCACCAUCUGUGACCUUGAAAUGCCCUUCAACAAGCUACAGGAACACCUGGACACCUGUGCCAGCCGAACAGAGAGGUGUCAGGAGUGUAACAAAUACAUCAUGUAUAAGGACCAGCACAAACACAAGGAGAUCUGUCCAAACAGUGGUCUGUCCUAUCAUAAGGAUGUGGACUUUCAAACCAGUGAAGCAUCCACUAAUGCAACAGUUAUUCGCCCCAUUGGUACUGGUGGCAAUCUUUGUCAGAAGUGCAGUAAGUUAUUCCCAGAUGACCAGUACUCCCAACAUCUGAAUAAAUGCAAUGCAGCCCAUAAGCUGACAAAAGUUCUUGCUGGCCAGUCAGCUUCAAGCCUCAUCGGUGCUCCACCACGGUCUUCUUCCUCCCUGGCUCCCUCUUCCUCCUCUGAAAAUGCAAUGGCAUGGAAAGAUGUCCGUCCCAAAGGGAAAGAAAGGGAGCAGCCACUGACCUCCAAACCUUUAAAGAACAAAAAGAUUGGCUUUCUGUCUCCCACAAGAGGCGGAUGUUCCACAUCACCUCAAGCUCUUAAAGACACUCAGUCUUUUGACAUGCUGGUGACCUGUGACCAUUGCGACAUUCUACUGCCACUUCCAACCCUUCGGAAACAUGAGAUCAAAUGUCUGCAUUGGACAACUUUGCAAAAUGCUAGGAUGAAACAAAAAUCAAGCCAUGGGGAAAAAGGAGACUCUUUCUACAGCAUUUGUGAUUAAAUCUGGAAAACAGAGGCACGUCUUCAGAUUGAAUCUUCAGCUCAGCUUUAGCAAAAGGCCCUGUGGAAAUAUAGCUUUAUCGGCAAAUAAAAGUGCAGACUUGCUACUCUGGAUUAAGAACAAAGAGUGACUCAGAUUUUUUAUUCCUUAUCAAGAGAAGCAUUUAAAGGUUUCACUAGAAAACUGUAAAAGUGAUGGGGGCUCAGCAGGUGUUGUUUCAAAUAUUCCUGUGCAAGCUUGCCUUAGGAAUGUCCUUUUGCCACCUGGUUCUGCAAGGAGAGCAGCUUAUUUUAAAAUAUAUCUUCUGAGAGAGAGAAGGAAAUAAGGAAUUUCAGAAUACCUUGUCAUGUUGAAUGCCACCAAUUCUUCUCAUGAGAGCUGAGAACUUGGGUGUUUAUCAAAACAUGGCCCAGUGAAAUUAGAAAACAUUAAAUCCUGCUCUUCAUCACUUCAGUGAACCACUGAACCUAGGAGCAGCACAAACAUCUUCAUCUCUGGAAAUGGCAGACACAUCCCAGGAUAACUGAGGGUGUUUGUCUCCUGAAAUACAAGUGGAAACUGAUAGAGCCAAAUGGUGGGAGUUAAACAUGAAGGGUGAGUGGAUGCUCACAGGACAGCAAAUGGGCAAGAACAGGCAGGUAAGGGGAUAGUGCUCACACCAACCAUCCCUGUUACCCCAGGACCACUACAGACUGUCAUCCUGCUCUGUCACAGGUUAUUGUGACAGCACAUGGAGUCACACUGCAAGACAGGGACCAAAGUGACCGUGUCUGAAAAGGGCCACAAACCUACAUUAGAGCACAAGGCCGGCUUUAGCCUUAUAGCCCUUUCCCGUGGAGGGGUGAGAAGGCCCGGCCUGUUAAGGAAGUGUUUCCUCUCCUCCAUGGAGCCCCUCGGGGGUUUUCGGCGCUCGGUGCUGCAGUGUCACCGUGUGGCUGUCGGUGGCAGCGGCACCGGCUCGGGAGGGAGGAGAGCCGGGAGGGGCCCGGGCAGCCCGCCCAGCUCGGGGCUGCACACGCCGGGCAUGGGGACCGUGCGGGGACUGACACCGUCGGGCUCCCAGCUGGGGCAAGGACAACAUGACCUGGGUACAGAGUGCAGCGAGUCCGUGGCCUGGAGCUGCAGUCACCUGGCCUGCUCUGGUGCCCUGUGUGCAAGGGUACAUGUUGCCAGGACUCUGUCUCGGCACCAAGAGAGCCUCCGAAACACAACAGCUCUAUGAGGAUCUUUAAAACUCCUGCAAACAAUCUGACGAUCACCUCUUCCAGGGUGAGGAGAUUGCUGUUACGGCCACCCCAGAUGUCCCCGUGGUGCUGGAGGUGCUGCCCGGCGUGGUGACCCUGCUCCUAAACUCAGUGCCAAGGCUCUUCGGUUUCACAGAAUGGCCUUUGUCUAAGCUGCCGGGCCCCAGAGGGAGGGCGAGGGGCCUGUUCAUUUGCAGAGUAUGAAAGUAUGGAAGCAGCAGCGCCCAGACGUCUGCAAACCUGAGCUCCAAGGUCCGCAAGGCAUGCGGUACCAGGGUAGCACAAAGUUCAGGAUGAGAGGGAAGCAGCAGUCGUUGGUUUCAAAGCUCCCAAACGUGUUCGCCGUGCCAGUGCAAUCCCUUCGGUCACUAGAUGGCAAUAAAGACCCAACGUGCUCUUCCCUGGGCUACAGGGGAGGCUUGUUGAGCUCGGCCUGGAUUUGUCCCAGGAGAUGGAAGCGGAAGAUACUAGAGAAACCAUAAAAGUAACUGUGCCGUCAUUCUGCUUGGUAAUGAGGAUUUGUUUCGUUAUUGUCUGUUUCUUAAAAAAAAUACAUAGGUUAUAUUUACCAAGAAGAAAAUUAUUAUUAGAUUAAAAAUAUAUUUCUGUGCAAGAAAAGGAAGCUCAGCCUUACCAGGACAAGUACUCAGAGGAAAUGGCAUCAUAAUCCUGAAACACUGCUGAGGUUUCAAAUCACUGGGAUUUCAGUGUUUUUCCUUGAAGUUUAAGACACAUUUUUAUUCUUUGACAGUGGCAGGAGGCAAUCUAAUUCUGUAUGACACUCCUUCCACAGUGAAACCUUACCUACAUGCCUCUCCAUACAGUAUUUUUUUAAACAAUCCUUUGUCAUAGUGAAAACUUUAACACCAGUCUCUGAGACACUAGAAUGAAGAACACCUUGUAUUUGUCCAUUUCCUCAGUGCUGUGUGCUGGUGGCUGCUCCUCACUAUGCUGUGUGCUGUGUGUAUAUUAAUAUUCCUCAAAGGUUAAUCUCAUUUGAAGGCAGGAAUUUUGUGUGUACAAAACAUUGCAAAGCCAGCUGGCAUAUCUUACUCCCAGACACUGUUCUGAUUCAAAAGCAGUGUUAUGGGAAGCAGAAGGAACUAAAUGAGGAAAUUAAACUGACAAUAUACCCUGCAGUGAGCUGAUGGGGAGAAGCUGAAUGACCUGUUUUUGAAUUUGUCCACUGCUGCUUCUCAGUGGUUCUGUUGCAAAAGACAGUGCAGGAUCUCAGAAUUUACUGGUGUCUUCUAUGGGAUGGAUUUUCGAUAAUCCAGAGGGUAAAAGUCAUCUGUUGAACCAACACAAGGCCCCCAUAUCACCUCAGCAUGCUAAAGAAAAAACAAGCAGCAUAUAUUUUACAAACCACACCCACCCAUGUAACUUGUGUAGUACCUCAUGGAGGGUUAGAAGUUGGACUUGAUGAUCCUUGUGGGUCCCUUCCAACUCAGCAUAUUCUAUGAAUCUGUGAUUCUGUGACUGACAUCUCUUCAUUUGCUGCUGAAGGGCUUUCUAUGUGCCUUAAGUCACAUUGGGAUAAAAUUAAGCAGAAACUUGAGCUCAAGUACUUUUCUGAUUAUUUAGAAAAAAAAAUCAAAAAAUAAGCAAACUAAUUAAUAGGUGACCAACACUGUCAUCUCCUAUGGUUUAUGAACACAUGUCCUUGCAAUUCAGAAAGAAAAAUUUGCAGUAAAAGUGCAAGUAACCAGUGGGUGAGUAAGUGGACUAAGGUAGGCAGAGAUGUCCCCAAGUGAUGGCAAACCUUGCAGAGGCAGCAGAGCUGAAGGAAAUUCAUCCCUGUGCUGUGGCCAUUGGUAUCCUGCAACUGCAUAAAAUCCCAGUGAGCCCCGUGUGUGAGCAGUGGCAGGCCCAGGCCACAGGCGGAGGGCAGGGUGUGCACGAGGAGCUGUCUGCUCCUCUCUGGCUCCCUAGAGGAAGGUGUCACCUGUUUUCAUUUCCAUGGAAUGGAUGUGGCUGCUCCCACAGGCCUGCACACAAUAUCCAGUCUGGCUUUCCAUGACUGGAGGCAGUGUGAGGAAAUGAGACUUCAUGCUUUGUCUUAUAUCCAGAUGUCACAGAGGGGGAGGACAGGGUUAUCACAAGUGGCUGUAUCAGAUUUGACUGGUGCACUGUUCCCUCCAGCUCAUCCAGACAUCUCAGAGGAGAAAGGCUGAUGAAUAGAGUAAUUUCUAGUAGUCUUUGCUGUGCCAAAAAUAACUUUUUCUAUCAAAUGUGAUGAAGGUUUGAUAUCUCUUCUUGAUUCUGAGAGUUUGUUCUGCCUUUAGCUACUUAUCCCUAAGGCUCAAACUUCUUGAAAGUUGAUUGUUAUUGUAGCAGGUCAGAUUACACUGUUCUGUAGGGAAUUUUCCACAGAAAAUUCCACCUGUUGUGUGGAGCUUGGAGCCCAGUGCCAGCACCAUCAGCAUAUUGAAGAUGCUUUUCAGGAAUAAGAAAUAUACUUUUUAUAGAGACUUGCAAAUGUGAAGAGCUGGCAUGGGUGUUAGAGGAAACAUUGAGUAGAGUUGAAUGUGAGGAGUGAAAAUUGCUCUUUUAAAAGUAACUUGUAAAGGUUGGUAAGAGUGGUGGUGGGUACACAGAUCAGUGCUAGGCUGGUUCUCAUUGUGGCUGUUCUGCAGAGCUCCAUGACACUGAGCUGUGCUGGUUUGGAGGCACGAGGAAAAAAACAUGUAGACUUGAAUGGUAUUGGCUCAUAAGAACCUCAGAAAAGGUUUUCAGCAUUUGCUUGAAUUCAAACUGUGUACUGCAUAAGUUUUCUCUGAUGUCAUUUUUGAAUGGAGAAUCCAUUACAGCCUUUUGUGACCUGGUAAUUUGGUUGAGAAGCUGGCUUUUAUGUAAAGGGCAAGCUAUCUUUUUCUUGAUGGUUUCCUAGUAAAGAGGUGGUUUUAAUGCAUCUCACAGUGAUGUAGGUGAGAGACAAAGGUACAUGUCAGGGGAGAAGAAUAGUUUAGGAAAAGAGGAUCAGCUUAAACCUAAAGAAUACAGAACGCAAUAAAAGGGAAAUAAAAUGAGGGCAUAAAGGAAAGUGACUGAUUACAUGUCAGCCCAAAACAGCUUCCAACAGGUGUGGAAUAGAAAUGUUUUGAAAUUGUGUCCUUUUUGUGAACUUAGCUCACAAAAAUAAUAAACCACACACCCCCAACUCAGCUGCCCCUGCCCAAAACAGAUGCAUAGUGAAAAUAUAUAAUGUAUAUAAGCCUAUUUUUGGAGUGAUCCAACCCUGUAGGUAUUUAUUUCCAGUCUGGAGAGGGCAAUGAAAUGUGACAAAAUAGGAUUUUAAACUGAAUUGCCUGCGCUUUUUUGCCUUGUCAAGUACAUAAAUGUAAACAUGCACCAUAACAGAUAAAGAUGAAUCCCACAUUGAGUAUUUUGUUGGAGAAGCAACAAACUGCACUAAAAAUUGAUGAAUGGCAAAUUUAUUUUUAUUUAAGCAUUUAUUUUUAUGGCAUUAGCAAAUAGAAAAAUAUAUGGGAGUAUGCAAAUAAUUUUGAGGAGACAUUAAAAUAAACUGAACGAUAUCAAGUUGCUCAUCCUUCAUAGAGAUUUUGUGCUUCAGUAUUGUGGAAAUUAUCAAAGCACAUAUAACAUGGCUGGUGGAAACACUGGAAAUGGUUUUAAUUCUUCAAAAGCCUGAGCUUUCACUGUAGUUCCAUAUCGAGAGCUCAAACUUUUAAAAUGUUCAAUAAAUCUGCUUUAUGUUGCUUUUAUGACAUAAAAGCAUGCAUAUUUUAUUAUAAAAUAUGUUAUUGGAUUUUCUUUAUGGACUUUUCUUUAAAGUUUUAUUUAAAAAGUCAAAGAAAUGGUGUAAACUGUGGGAAGUAGAACCUUGUAUUAAAUAAACUUUACCAAAGAAUAA